UCCACGUGUAGCGCGCCAAAAGUCAAAAAAGGGCAACCGCUGGCUGAAGAACAACCUUCGCACCGCCAACUAAACCAAAAGGAACAGAGGCCGAGCACACAAGCUGAACAGCAGGAAAGCCACGGAGGAUGGCUGCGGGACAGUACAAGUACGACAGCGAGGGGGCCCAGUUCCUUACCUUCCUCCUCACGUUUCUUCUUCUCGCACUCUUGCCCUUGACCUAUUCGCUCUUUGGCUCUUCGUCUGCCAAGAGGGGAGGCAAGCAUGGCGACUUUGACGCCAAGGGACAAAAGGUCGAUGAGAUCAAGCGCAUUCAUCGAAGGAGCCUCUUCAACCCACGCUUGAGCAAGAGGGUCCUCUUCGUCCUGCUCGGCUGGGGCGCCGUGGGCUACCUUGCCCAUCGCAUCGCAAACACCGUGUCGACUUCCUCGCACGCCGUCUAUGAUCCCUUUGAGAUCCUCGGCCUCGCCGCUGGGGCGACGGAGAAGGAGAUCAAGAAGCACUACAAGAAGCUUAGUGUCAAGUUCCACCCGGACAAGAUUCAGCUGGCCGAGAAUCAGACAAAAGAGGAAGUCGAAUCGCAGUUCAUUGACCUCACAAAGGCCUACAAGGCCCUCACCGAUGAGACGAUCCGCAAGAACUUUGAGCUGUACGGUCACCCCGAUGGAAGGCAGGAGAUGAGCAUGGGCAUCGCCCUGCCCGAGUGGGUCAUCGAGUCCCAGAACAACAUCUGGGUCCUGGGCGCCUACGGUCUGGUCUUUGGUCUCGGCCUUCCCUACCUCGUGGCAAGGUGGUGGUAUGGCUCUCGUUCAAGGACAAAGGAUGGCCUGAUCAAUGCCACGGCCCAGUCUUUCUUUCAGCACCUGCGGGAAGACACGCCGCCUGCUCGCAUUCUCGCUCUUGUGGCAAUCUCGGAAGAGCUUCAGGAUCCAGUCCUCAACAAGCGAGGUCAAGGACCACGGGAGAAGGAACUUCAGAGGCUCGAAGCCGAGGUCAGGAAGACACUGAAGGGAUUUGGCGAGCGGUGGCAGUUGAUCGAAAAGUUCCGCACGGAGUCGAUUCGCAAGACGCUCAUCUUGCUUUAUGCUUACCUCUUCCGCAUCGAAACGGACAACAAAUCGCUGACGAGAGACCGUUACGUGAUCGGUGCGAAAGCUGAGAAGCUCCUCAAUGGCAUGCUCCAGAUCGCGUUGGCCCACAACUGGCUGGAUCUCACGAUUCUUUUGAUGGACAUGCUUCAAUGCAUCGUCCAAGCCGUGCCGCCCUCGCCCGAGCACAGGCCUGUAAGCGAGCUGUUGCAGCUGCCUCACCUGACCUCCGACAUGGCAAAUGCUAUCGUGGCGAGCGACGACAAGCUUGGUCCUCUGGGUCUGCAAGGCUUCUGGAACAUGUCAGAUGCCCAUAGACGUAAGGCUCUGAACGGCCUCGACGACCGCAAGUACCAAGAGGCCAUUAAGACCCUUGGUCAAUUUCCGCGCAUCGAGCUCGUUGAUGCUUUCUUCAAGGUCACUGGUGAGAAGAUUGUGACAACAGGUGCCAUUGUACAGGUUGUUAUCAAGAUUCGCACGCUCCCCUUCCAGCGCGAUGGCACUCUCCUCUUCGAGGGCGUCCGGCCGGGCUCAGAUACGGCGCGUCGCGAUGGGGAGUCAGAUGUUCGACCCAGUGGGGAAGACGACAUCGAGACGAAGCUGGAACACCUCAUCGGCAGAGGCGACCGCAACGGAGGGUCCGACUCAGAGGGCAAGCAGGCAGUUGGCUUUGCACGGGCGCCCUACUUUGUCGAGGACCGCAAGCCCUCGUGGUGGGUGAUGCUCGGCGAUCUGAAGCAGUCGAGGAUCAUUGUGCAGCCGACAAAGGUGACGGACGUGGGCCCCGACAAGAUUCGGACCUACUCUGUCCAAUUCCAGGCGCCGCCGCAAGCGGGCAUGUACACGUUCGUGGCCAUGAUCAAGAGCGACUCGUACCUGGGAAGCGAGGCUCAAAUGAGCGUCAAGCUCAAGAUUGAGGACCCCAGCGCACUCGAGGAGAGCGACAUCGAGGAUGACAUCAGUGAACCUGAUGAGGACACAUUGGCGGGUCAGAUGGCCAUGAUGAGGGGAGACAAAGUCAAAACGGCGCGGAGCGGCGAUGACGAUGAUGAGAGCGGCACCGAUGAUGACGAGGAGGGCGAGGACGAGGAGAGCGAGAGCGAU